AUGUCCAUCGGUGGCGCUGAUAUGCCUGUUGUUGUCUCCAUGUUGAACUCCUACUCCGGUUGGACUACCGUUGCCUGUGGUUUCAUGCUUUCCAACACGAUCCUUAUCAUCGCUGGUUCUCUUAUUGGUUCUUCUGGUGCCAUCCUUUCUUACAUCAUGUGCAAGGGUAUGAACCGUUCCUUCACUUCAGUCAUUCUUGGUGGCUUUGGUGUUGAAGAGGGUCACACCGUCGAGGUCACUGGUACCGCUACUGAGACUAAUGUCGAUGAGGUUGCCGAGAAGAUGAUUAACGGCAAGUCUGUCAUCAUUGUUCCCGGCUACGGCAUGGCUGUUGCUCGUUGCCAGCAGACUGUCGCUGGUAUCGCUGACUGCCUCCGCACUCAUGGUGUCAAGGUCCAGUUUGCCAUUCACCCCGUCGCUGGUCGUUUGCCGGGCCAUAUGAAUGUGUUGUUGGCCGAGGCUAACGUCCCUUAUGAUAUCGUCAAGGAGAUGGAUGAGGUCAAUCCCGAGUUCCCUAGCACGGAUGUGUCCCUUGUCAUCGGUGCCAACGAUAUCGUCAACCCCAUGGCCGUUGAGGAUCUUUCCUCGCCCAUUGGUGGCAUGCCCGUUCUUGAGGUGUGGAAGGCUAAGACCUGCGUUGUCAUGAAGCGUUCCAUGGCCACUGGCUACUCUGGUAUCGAGAAUCCCUUGUUCUACAAGGAGAAUACUCGUAUGCUCUUCGGUAAUGCUCACGAAAAGACACAGGAGUUGCUCGCCGCUCUCCAGGGUCUCGCCAAGGAGAAGAAGGUCACCACCGCUGACAACGCCUCCGCUCCCCUUCUUGCUGAGGAGAAGAAGCCCGAGCCCGAGAAAGGUAAGGAGUAUCCUCCGGCUCUCAAGACCAUUGGUGUACUCGAUGAGACUAAGAACAGCGAUGAGACUCGUGUUGCUAUCGCUCCUAAU